AUGCAUUGUUACUUUUUGUCGUUUUUUAUAAUCUCCAUUGGGUGGUUACAUUCCAGUUAUUGUCUCGUACAAGGUGAUGACAGUUUAUUCAAUCAGUUGUACACUUUAUUCUUAGGUAAUCAAACAAUCGCUACUCUAAUUCCAUCUGCUUGGUUAGAUUAUAUUUCUAAUCUGCCUGGAUCUGGUUAUUUGAUUGCAUUUAUCUAUUGGUUGCGUCAUCCACUUCUAUUGUGUUUACUGCUUCCAUUUCUACUGAUAUUUUUUAUAUAUUUCACUGUAGUUUUCAUUCAUCUUUAUCAUUUAAGAUACUGGCUACGUCGUCAUUUAAACAGAUUACUGUCAGUAAUAUUUAGUGAGACUACUAGGACUACCUCUGAAACUGGUGGACAUGUGUAUUUAGAUUCUAUAGCUGAAUUGUUAAGACGUGUUGUUGCUGCUAUCUGGGAUGCACAUGGACGAAUAUUUCAUGGUUAUGAAGUGAUUGGCAUGGAGAAAUUACCAGUCGGUGGCCCAGCUUAUUUAGUAUAUUACCAUGGAACAUGUCCAUUUGAUGCUUAUUAUUUUAUGUCAAGACAUUGUAUUGAACGAGAUAGAUUUCCGGUUCCUGUGGUGGAUCGAUUUUUAUUUCGUGUACCUGGAUUUGGACGUUUACUUGAAAUUGUCGGAGCUAUUGAAGGAUCUGUAGAUGAAUGUGUUGCUCAUCUUCAACCUGGUCAUGUUCUUAAAAAUGGUAAAAUAUCACAAGGUGACGUUUUGUUAUUGGCUCCUGGUGGAGUCAGAGAAGCAUUGUUCUCUGAUGAAUUCUAUACAGUAAUGUGGGAAAAACGACGUGGCUUUGCACGAAUCUCGUUAUUAUCUGGGCAGCCUAUCUAUCCAAUGUUUACAGAAAAUAUUCGUGAAGCGAUAAGAAUUGUACAAUCUGGCAAAGGUUGGUGGCGUAGUCUGUAUGAACGUACACGUCUACCGCUAUCAAUUUUCUAUGGAUAUUUCCCGUUAAGCUUAGGACAUAUAUUGGUGAUCCUAUCUAUCCAAUGGCAGAUGAAACAUCUGACGAAUUGGCUAAUCGGGUUCGUCUGUCAAUUGAAGAGCUUAUCAAAGAACAUCAGUUAG